AUGGGUGUGAGGCAGAGCAAGCGGUUACAGUGGGCAGUGGGGAAUGCAGAAUUUGAGGAAUUACAAACUGCAAGAAGUAAACUGCAUGCACCAGUGAUCUUAAUGGUUCUCAUCAUGCAAGACAAAAGUGGCAUUUGCUGUUACCACCGACUUCAAUCACCAAUCUGGCAACUGUCCAGUUAUUUGGCUCUAGAUAUGUUCAUAUUAACUACUUUUGUAGUACAGCAAACCAAACUACAACACAUUGCAUACAUUGUAUUUGGUCUUUGUCAGUUUAUUUAG